GUUUGCGGUGGACCCGGAAGCGGCUGAUCAGCUGGGUGUUUCUUCACGUGACCUCUCGAUGGAAGGUUUUCAACGUGGUCCUUCGGAUUACAAUGAAUCCUGGAGCCUCCAAUGAAGAACUGUUCAGUCAUCUCAAUGAGACUCCCUUCAACUUUAAAGGGUUUGCCUACCACCCAGAGAUGUGUAGAAAGGGCUGUGGGUACUAUGGUAACCCUAUUUGGCAUGGGUACUGUUCCAGUUGCUGGAUCAUGCAAAGACAAAAAUCUCAAGCACGACCUCUUACAGAUGGUUUUAGGCACCAUACUGGAACUCUCCUGAUAAAACCAGAUAAAGGAAGAACUGAAGAAAAGAGUGAAAAACUAGAUACAACUAGGGACAUUUGCUGUAGUACAAAGACUAACAAUCGUCAUUAUCCACAGACUAUCUGCAAAACUUUGCUUCCUACAGAUAUCCCAGAUUAUCUCUACUGCCUUUCCUUAUCCAGCCUCCGCACAUUGGCUCAGGGAGAUUUUUCAGACUUUCUCAAAGCUUUGCAAAGACCUGACGCACAGCCACUAAUGACCCUUUGCACGAAAUUCAUACAGUGGCUGCAGAAAGCAGAGGACCUGAGUCUGGAGAGCAAAGGAGACCGUGUGCAGGAAUUCUAUUGUAGAAUUGCUGAUCGUUACCCUGAUCAAUUGACGGAGGAGAGAGACCAGCUGCUAAGUAACAUUGAGAAGCUUGUGAUGACACAACUGUAUAAGUCAGUGUUUUGCUUGGAUGGUUCACUUGAUGAACAGAAGGAUAUCUCCCUCCAAAAGCGGAUUAGGUCACUGAAAUGGGUUACCCCGCAAAUGCUUCAACUUCCAAUGGAUGAAGAUAAUUUAGAAGUCAAAGACUGGAUUUUCUCUGCUAUCACCGCUCUAGUGGAACUGGAUUCAAAGAGGGCCCCACAGGACAAACUGGCUUGUCUUUCCAGAGCUAGCAACUUUCUUUUCAAAGCUAUUAGAGCUUACAAGGAGGAACCUGCAACAACAGAUGAUUUUCUGUCUUGCCUUGUUUACACAAUACUGAAAGCUAAUCCACCUCGCUUGUCCUCUAAUCUGCAGUAUAUCACCAAAUUUUGUAACCCUAAAAAGCUUGUGAUUGGUGAAGAGGGGUACUGCUUCACAAACACCUGCUGUGCUGUUUCAUUCAUUGAGAUGCUGGAUUCUUCUUCUCUUGGUAUUAAACAUGAGGAAUUCACUCAGAUGAUGCAGCAAAGCGGAGAAGUCGGCACCAAUCAGAAAUUAGAAAUAGAACAAGACGCAGUACAACAAAUGCAGCACAACAAAAAGCUCUUGGAGGAACUUCAUAACCGACAGGAUCGGCUAUUGCAAACGACAGAGAGUUUGAGACGAGAGCUGAACGAUUGGUCUCUGGCCAUUGAAGAAGAAGUUAAGGAAAUCAUCUGUAGGUUCCCCUUGGCUACUCAAUGGACUUCAACAAGCCACAACUAAUAAUUACUUUUAAUCAUUCUGCUUAGAACACAUAUAUAAUCGUCUUGUCUCAAAGCUGCUAUGAGCCCUCUUUUGACAUAGGCCAACCAACGAAGGAUAUUUAUUGCUCAGUUAUUAAAUGGUCCACAUUAUUGUAAUACUUAGACUGCUACAGA